AGAAGCUCGAGAAGAGCGAUGCCGGGAGAAAGAAGCUACGGCAGGCGAUAUCGAUGCUCAAGGAGAAGCUGGAGGCCGCCGACAAGGUUAUGCAAGAGAAUGACGCUCUACGACGAGGGAUCUGUCUAUCGUUUUUGGCCCAAGUCUUGCUUGUAAAGGCUCUCAUAACGAUGCGAGCCAUUGGGGAUUGCACAAUGAGGCAGGCAACACACUGGUGUUUACAAUACCAGUCUUGCUUCUUUGUGCAUGAUCCUGAGACAGGGACUCUUAGUCUCAAAUUGAUUGCGAAAAAGAGCGUGAGCGUGCUGCAAUGGAAAGACAGGCUGCUGAGAAAGAGAAGAACGCCCGGCUAGUGCUGGAGGUGGAGGGCCGGUCUUUGAAGGAAACACUAGCCAUGGCAAUAGCCAGGAUAGAUUUCCUGGAGGCCACACAGGCAGCUGAUCGGAAAGAAGUGCAGCAUUUGCGUAACGAGGUGAGAGUGGCCGUGGAUGGCGUUCGUGCAGCUGUAACCACCAGCGAAACAGCGCAAAGAGUAUGUAUAAGUCUUGAGAAGAACCUGACGGCUAAGGUCAAUGCGCUUCCAACAGCCGGUGGACAGAACUUGCAGGCUCAAAAUGGACUUAAAGCUCUCCAGGGAACUGUCAGCACUUCUCAAAAGGAAAUGGCCGCGCUGUCUACGAGGUUGGCAGCGUUGGAGACACAAAAUGCACAAUAUGUCGAUCAACUGAACCAGUUGCGGCAGCCCACAGCCGUAAAGACCGCAAAGCCCACGGAGGCCGUCGCUAGGAAAACUCCAUCGAAGCUACCUCCGAGAUCUCAACAACAAAGGCCUGACUUAAAUCGUCAGAGUGUGGUCCGGGACUCUCGGUAUACUUCCACUUCAACCGGCGCCAUUCAAGUGAUACCCGGAAUUGCAGACAUACUUCAACCAUUGACGUCGGCAUCGAAGAAAACAGGCUCUGUUGUGCAUGGCGAGAAUCACGAGCAGGCGAAGGCUUAUACUGCCAAAGCCACGCAGGACAAAGACCCGGUUUAUGAGACUGCAAAGGAUGGGUCAGACUUAACUGUUCAGGACGAUUGUGGUGGGGCAGGAAAAACAGCAAAAAAGCUGUUGCACUCACUCAGCCGCCUAAUUCACAAGGAGAAACGGGCGCAUUCGAGAAUGGAGGUCAAACUGUGUGAGCUGGAACAAGCACUUAAUCACAGUGAGUCUCCUCAAGCGAAACAGCGUAAAAAGAGAAAGAGAAGUGGAGCUGAGGCAACCAAUUCUAAACUUUCAUCGAAAGCACAGGCGAGCAGGAAAAAGCGGAAACUGAAGGUGGAUGCUGUCGUCAUUGAUGAUGACUCGGAGAUGGAGGUUCUCGUUGAAAAGUGGCUGGACGCGAAAAAGAAUCUGCAUUCGCCAAACUUACCUGAGGUUCCGUCGCGGGCACAAACUGCGAUUAGCAACUCGGAGACUCGACCGUGCACGGCUGCGUCACCUCAGGAUGUUUCAGGACAUGCUUCAGAAGUUCCAAACGUUCAAAGCUGCCAACAAAAUAUUGGAAGAGCAGAAGUCUGGAAGGUCCAAGGCUCUUCCAAGGAUGAAGCCUGCCAACAGAAUACUGGGAAAUCAGAAGUUUUGAUAGUUCGAGGCCGCGAACAGGACACUGGACAUGCCGCAGACUUGGACACCGUGACCAGGUAUCAACUCAGUCCAAGGUUGCUUUCUACAGCUCCUCAAGCUGUCGUUGAGGAACGUGGGGGUCAACUGAAUUUCGAUGAUCGAGACGAGCUGCGCAUUUGGUUUUCUGAUGCGAAAGAAGUGCGCGGGGCUAUUUUAUCAAAUGAAGAUUGCCCGAACCAGAGCGUUUUGGAUAUGGAGAUAGUUGCCGGCUGCUUCGUGGGUGAUGACGGGCUUUUGAAGCCUUCAGAAUCAUGGAAGCAAGAGUUUGAAUCGAGAGCCAGUGGCCUGGCUUUGAACAUAACACUGAGGUCAUCCUUGCUGGUAGUAACUUCGAGCAUUGUCAACAUCCUAACGACGAGACUGUUUCAUGGUAACGUGGUUUUCCAGUUCGGGAGCUUUCUCUGCAAUGUUUUAACUGGAAAGCGUGUGGCCUUUGAUACACUGCUGAGGCUUCUCUCCAGUUUCCUUAUCUUCGGCGAAACUCAGUUUUUUAUGGCUAUAAUGACAAGAGACGAAAAGGAAGUUCACAGACUAGAUUGUUUUGCUGCUAAAGCAACAGCGGACGAGGUUGCUGCUGCUAGUAAGCUCCUCGCAACUCUAUGCAACAUAUCUGGCCAUUUCCGGCUCUUGCGCAAGAUCACUCACAAGAUUCUACGCUGGAGCCUGAUGGAUGUCGGUCUGUUGGUCACCGUUUUGGCUUCAUUUGCCUCGGUUUCGAAACAGCUCCUCUCAGAUACAGUGAUCCGAUGUGUUGCUUCCGAGCUGAUUGCGGAGGUGGUGGUUCCGCAACAAUGUGGUGCGCUUGCCAGUUUAGAUGGGAAGCUACAGGACAGGAAGCUACUAGAGCACUUCGAAGUUUCGGUUGACGCCACUGUACAGGAGGUUGUACGGGCCACACUCGACCUUCUCUGCACUUCCAACUUACCGGGUUUUGAUUUCAUAAAGGAAAUGGAGUGUCAACGUAUAAGCUCGAGCUGUUUUGAAGAGACCGAAGCUUGGCCCAUCCAGUUUCAUGAAGCUGUCGAGGCUCUGGAGCUUAUCUCCUUUCACAUGGGAUGGGAAUGGACAUACAACAAUCUUAUCGUAGAGAGAUUAUGGGUCCUUGUGGCGCCUGGUGUUGCACAAACGACAGUAGGAGGCGUUGCUCAUCUCCUUGGUAGCCUAGGAAGGCUAGGCUUGGAAGGUGGCCAGGAAAUGCCUGGUGUUGACAAGCUGAGACAAAGCUUGGCUUUUAUACUUGAAGAUGGGAACCAUGAGCAAGGAAGGUUUUCCUUCGCGACUCGCCUGGUUGCGGCAGCUGCCCUGUUGGAGCUGUCAGUUCAUGAUAAAAGGGCUCCACGGUUGACAGAUGACGAUGAUGCAACCGACAGUCAAGGCCUGGACGUUCUGAGCUUGGACUACGUGAAAACCGUGCAAGACUGGUUCCACAGUUUGGACAGCGAGAAGCAGAGCAGCGUACCCCUUCGUCUGAAGAACCAGAUUUUUGCUAUCCAUGUGCCUUCUCGUAGAGCGCUUGAGGAGCUGCCUGAGAACGAAAAAAACGAUAAAAGCGCUCCUUGACACCUUAUGACCAGCUCGUUGAGGGAAAGCUAGAAUCGCAGCUGAGCUCCUCCGGCAGGCCACUGCAAGAGUUUUGAUCGACCGGGACAGAUCGCAAACCGAUCAUCUAUGCUGUUGUCGGCGUGCUGGAUCUGCAUUGAGCCCAGUUCCCAGCCAGUAUCUAAGAGACGAUGAGACGACGAGUUCGUGAACUUUCCGUCUUGGUGGCGAAUGGCACGCGUAGUAAGACAAGAACGAGGCGGCUCGGCAUGGCCCAGGCUUGUCGUUGCUCCCCUUCGAGGACAUACUGAUAUGAAUAGCGAAUCACUUUGGCGUCGUUAUCGCGAUCCGCGGUCGCUGUAAGGCAGCGAAUUCGCUGGCAAUGGCUAAACAUCCAAGCCCGCAUUUCGACAUGACAGUGAGCUUAACGCGAUAGUGAUCUUAACGAUUGGAAAAGUUUCUUUGGCCAGUCAUAGAUUACAAAGCUGCUAUAUCUGACUGGAGAGGCCUAGACUGGCUAUGGACGGAACAGUGUCACUGAUAUCAACAGUGGUGUUAACAACAAAACCCGAGGAAAGUGCCAAACUGGAGAAUGGGAUCACUCAACAACUGAAAUUUCAAUGCUCCCGAAAAUCCAGCGAAGAUGCUCCAGUUGCAUGGAUUGUUAAAUCGCCAGGAAUGUAAUCACUCCAUUCGCAUGGAUUGUUAAAUCGCCAGGAACUUAAUCAAAUGAGAGCAAACGUUUUGUUAAUCAAA